AUUAGGUAAAAUGUAAUAAAUUAUACGUGUAAAAAGAUUAAAUUAAAAAUUUGAACGUAAUGAUAUGGCCAGAAAAUACAUGGAGCGACGAUUCUCAAAAUCGCAACGAACUACAAUUCCGGCCAGUUUUAAAGUUCCCGAACAGUGCGAGUUUUACAACAAAGCAACGCCAUUUGUGCAGAGGACGUUGUUGUUUGUGGCGGACGAGCACUCAGGCCCUAAGCCCGGCGCUAGCGAGACAACCGAGCUCGACAUACAGAAUGCCACCGAGUCGAACGCGUCCACUUCUAAAGCGGCAGAGGAACAAGAAAAAUCGCCUAAGAAGAGCUCAUUUUUCUUCUCCCCUUCAAAAAGUUGCAAGAUUCACGGGCGCAGUUUUUUCCGGCUUCAGACGAGCCCCAAGAAGUCGAAAGCGGAGGCGCCGAGCGACGCAGUUAGCAACGCGGGGGCCGCGGCCGGGGGGCUUAUCAGCUACGCCCCUGGAUGGUCUCUCAAGGGUGAACAUCUCAUGAAAUGGCAAGCUUCCGGGAAGACCACCGUCGAGGUAAUGAUUAUUGCUUUUUAAUGGAUCAGAUUAAGACUGCAAUGUUAUCUUAUCAAAA